ACUAAAGAGGUAACACAUAUUAUCUAAUAUGAUCAUCUUUUCUCUCUCACUCUCCCUAUUGACUUGGGCGUCGGAGGAGGCUUCGGCCUCGGCAGGCCUUUGUUGUCUUGCAGGCCACAGGCAAAGAGACGAAUCUGAAGCUGCCACGUCACCGGACCGAAAACUGUACCAACACUCUGAAUAGUUUCAGUUCUUCCAGUUGUUUCAGAAUAGCUCUCCAAGAGAAGAGAGAUGGGCGUGGACUACUACAACAUUCUGAAAGUGAACCGCAACGCGAGCGAGGAGGACUUGAAGAAGGCGUACAAGAGGCUGGCGAUGAUAUGGCAUCCGGACAAGAACCCGGCCAACAAGCGCGACGCGGAGGCCAAGUUCAAGCAAAUCUCCGAGGCCUACGACGUUCUCAGCGACCCCCAGAAGCGCCAGAUCUACGAUCUCUACGGCGAGGAGGCCCUCAAGUCCGGCCAGUUCCCGCCACCACCGCCAUCCUCUUCACGCGCCGGCGGGUCCCACAACCACCACCAGCACUACUACAACCACGCCCGCCAGCAGCACCCUACGUCGUUCCGCUUCAACCCACGCGACGCGGAGGACAUAUACGCCGAGAUUUUCGGAUCGGAGAGCAAUGGUAAUGCCGGUGGUGGUGGUGGUGGAGCCAGGGGGUUUGGCCGGGACGGGUUCUUCCGGGCGCCUAGUGGCGGGUCGGCGUCUAGGAAGGCUGCGCCGCUGGAGAACGUGUUGCCCUGUAGCUUGGAGGAGCUUUACAAAGGUGCGAAGAAGAAGAUGCGGAUCUCCAGGAACGUCUAUGACAUCUCUGGUAAUUUUCGGACUCUGGAUGAGAUAUUGACCAUUGAGAUAAAACCUGGUUGGAAGAAGGGGACCAAGAUCACAUUCCCUGAGAAGGGUAACCAGGAGCCUGGUGUCAUUCCAGCAGAUGUUAUUUUCGUGGUAGAUGAGAAACCCCACCCUCUUUAUAAGAGGGAUGGUAAUGAUUUGGUAGUCAAUCAGGAGAUAACACUGCUGGAGGCCCUCACGGGGAAGACCCUUGACCUGACUACCUUGGAUGGAAGGAAUCUCACGAUCCCAAUGACAGAUAUCAUCAAACCUGGAGCAGAGGUGGUUUUCCCAAAUGAGGGAAUGCCAAUCUCAAAAGAACCUGGGAGAAAGGGAAAUUUGAGAGUUAAAUUUGACGUCAAGUACCCUUCAAGGCUUACAGCAGAACAAAAAUCUGAUUUAAAAAGAGUUCUGGGAGGGAUUUCGUAAUGAUUGCGAGCUUUAAACGUCAGGGGUGACAGCUAACACUGCUAGUUUUUGUUGCUAUUGGGUGUAAAUAUGGCAUGUGUAUCCGAUUGAAGAAUGUGAAUAGUAGGAAGUUUUCAGGGGGUGCAUGGGCGAGCUGACGGCCAAGUGUAGAGUGGUUCUUCCAAUCUAGCAUUUGGACGCAUUAUGUGGUAGGAAGGAUAUAAAUGGUCAAGGGUUUGGGCAUCAGCCUAACCAGAAGAAAUGGGUAGGAAAUGCUACCUGACCUGUCAUUUUUGCCAUAGUGUUAAUCUUCCUUUUGAGUUGGAUGCUAUACUUAGAAUUGAUAGUCCUUGAAUUUUCAACAUAUUGUGAAGUGACUUGAUCUUGUUUUAACUUUGGGAAAUAUUGAAUUUAUUGUAUUAGUUGAUUAAAGAUACACCCAUGGGUUUGCUCCCCAACUCGUAUUCGAGGAGUUAAAUAUGUACUGUUACAGCAUUUCAAUUAUUGUUCCUGGUGCAGCAUUUCAAUUUUCGAGGCAUAUGUACAGCAUUAUCCAGUGAACAGAUAUUGUCAACAAUAUUGUAACAGGCCCAAUCCCCUUCUAUUUUCCUUGCUGCUGUCUUAUCUUUAUGAAUAGGGCGUGGCUGCAUGCUCCAGCUAUGCUACUCUUUGGGCUUU